AUCGUUCUUUUCCUUGUUCAAAUCUCCCACCACACUCUUCCUCUUCCUCUCCCUCUCCCUCUCCUCUAAUCCGAAACCCUAACCCUAGGCCAAGAAGUUCUACGAUCCCAUGGCGUACGUCGACCACGCCUUCUCCAUAUCCGAGGACGACGACAUCCUCUUCGGCGGCGACGGCUCCGGCCCCCGCGCCGUCGACAGCCGCCCCCCGGUGAAGGAGAUCGCCUUCGCCGUCUCCCUCCUCGUCUUUGGCUCCCUCGGCGUCCUCGCCGGUCUCCUCAUGGCCUUCAAUCGCGUCGGGGGCGAUCGAGCCCACGGGGUUUUCUUUGCGGUUUUGGGGGCGAUCAUGUUCAUCCCGGGGUUCUACUACACGAGGAUCGCGUAUUAUGCGUAUAAAGGGUACAAAGGCUUCUCCUUUUCCAACAUCCCCCCCGUAUAAGGAAGCGACUUCGUGCUUGAGUACGGCCUCUUCAACAUAUAGAUAUUAUGCUACAAUUUGUCUUAUUCCUUUUACAUAUUAUAUAUAUAUAUAAUUUUCGGUGUAAAGAUGCUUUGUACAUAUAUGAUGAUGGAAUUAGAAAGGUGAAAUUUUGUGGCAUGGUCACUUGAAAAUUCCUGGUCGUGUAAACAAUGACGCUUUAAUUUUCGUGCUGCUGCUGCUGCUGCUAAGAUUUACUUUGUUAA